GCCAAGAAAUAACAAAAUCCGAAAGUGUGGAGCUGAUGGCGAAUGAUCCAUAUUGUUGGAUCUCUCGGUAUUGAAUCCAUAUAACAGGCGGUUUAAAAUAUAUUUCAACACUUUUCGUCAUAUCAGCCCCUUCCAACAAAAACCCUAGUCUAGACGCUGAAGGAGGAGUUGCAAAAAUGUCAAGCAUUCCAGACGAAAUCUACAAGAAAAUCCUGGUAAGGUUACCGGUAAAACCAAUAUCUAUAUGUAAAUGUGUUUGCAAGACUUGGUAUACCUUACUAUCUACUCCUGAUUUUGUUAAAUUGCACCUUCAUCUUACUAUCCAGAGAAACAAUCCCAACCUCAUGCUCAGAAGUUAUGAAACCACAAGUCCAUCUUCCCUGCUGCAUUCCAUAAGUUACGAUACUAUAUUAUCAUCAGUGAAUGAAAUUGAGCAUGAUUGUGAAAUUGAUUACCCAUUUAAAAGCUUACAUUAUGAUAUGGGAUUGUUGGGAUCUUGCAACGGUUUGGUUUGCAUGUGGUUUUCUGAUACAGAUGAAACAGAAUUCUUUUGUGUUUGGAACCCAGCCACUAAGAUAUACAAGAAAUUACCUAAAUCGCCAGGUGCAUAUGGGGUAUGUGGUUUUGGUUAUGAUCACAAUACUGAUGAUUACAAGUUGAUAAAUGUUGUAGACACCAGUUGUUUAGUCGAAGUCUACACAUUACGGUCUAAUUCUUGGAGAAACACUCAAACCAUCCCUUUUAGGAUUCCCAUGCGAGACAUCGGGGUGCUUGUAAAUGGUUUUUAUCAUUGGUUAGGUGAAACUCGAGCUGAACCCUUUUCCAAAGUUAUAGUCUCCCUGGAUAUCAGCAGUGAGAGAUUCGAAGAGAUUCAACUACCAAAAGAAACUGGCGGGAAGACACUUUUCUUUAUGAGUGUGGGGGUGUUGCAAGAGUGUCUUUGUGUAAUUGGUUAUUUUCCUUAUGAAUUCCAUGUAUGGACAAUGCAAGAUUAUGGAGUUUGUGAAUCCUGGACUAGACGUUUUGUCGUUGCCAGUGAGAGCUUUAUGGAUAGCAUUUAUGCGAAGCUUAUGUGGUCUUUUGAGAAUGGUAAAAUUGUAUUCACGAUGGCUGGUGCUGUGGUUUUAUAUGACCCGAAGGAUGAAAGCCUCAGAGUUCGAUAUAUUGAUGGUCUGGAUAACUUGAUCGAGGAUGAAGUGAGUUAUUUCGAAAGCUUAGUUCCACUUGACUCUCCAACUUGUGCAAAAAUGUCAAGCAUUCCAGACGAAAUCUGCCAUGACAUCCUGUUAAGGUUACCGGUAAAAUCCAUAUUUACAUGUAAAUGUGUUUGCAAGACUUGGUAUGCCUUACUAUCUACUCCUGAUUUUGUUAAAAUGCAUCUUCAUCUAACUAUCCAAAGAAACAAUCCCAAUCUCAUGCUUAGAAGUGAUGAAACCACAAGUCCAUCUUCCCUGCUGCAUUCCAUAAGUUACAAUACGAUAUUAUCAUCUCUGAAUGAAAUUGAGCAUGAUUGUGAAAUGGAUUACCCAUUUAAAAGCUUACAUUAUGAUAUGUGCUUGUUGGGUUCUUGCAACGGUUUGGUUUGCUUGUGGUUUGCUGAUACAAAUAAAACAGAAUUCUUUUGUGUUUGGAACCCAGCCACUAAGAUAUACAAGAAAUUACCUAAAUCGCCAAGUGCAUAUGGGGUAUGUGGUUUUGGUUAUGAUCACAAUACUGAUGAUUACAAGUUGAUAAAUGUUGUAGACACUAGUUGUUUAGUCGAAGUCUACACAUUACGGUCUAAUUGUUGGAGAACCACUCAAACCAUCCCUUUUAGGAUUCCCAUGCGAGAUAUUGGGGUGCUUGUAAAUGGAUUUUAUCAUUGGUUAGGUGAAACUCGAGCUGAACUCUUUUCCAAAGUUAUAGUCUCCUUGGAUAUCAGCAGCGAGAGAUUCGAAGAGAUUCAACUACCAAAAGAAACUGGCGGGAAGACACUUUUCUUUAUGAGUGUGGGGGUGUUGCAAGAGUGUCUUUGUGUAAUUGGUUAUUUUCCUUAUGAAUUCCAUGUAUGGACAAUGCAAGAUUAUGGUGUUCGUGAAUCCUGGACUAGACGUUUUGUCAUUGCCAGUGAGAGCUUUAUGGAUAGCAUUUAUGCGAAGCUUAUGUGGUCUUUUGAGAAUGGUAAAAUUGUAUUCACGAUGGCUGGUUCUCUGGUUUUAUAUGACCCUAAGGAUGAAAGCCUUAGAGUUCGAUAUAUUGAUGGUCUGGAUAACUUGAUCGAGGAUGAGAUGAGUUAUGUCGAAAGCUUAGUUCCACUCGACUCUAGUACUUACGUGGGACAGAUGAAUGAAUAAGAAGUUGAAGAAGACAAGGACCAAGAAGAGGAAAAGGAUUAGACGUAAUUUUUCCUUGUCAUUCACAUUUACUAUUUUGCAUUUCGCUUCUCGUACUUCUGUUUAACUAUAUACUGAUGUGGAUUUUGGUUAGUGAAUAGCGAGGAAGUUCUUAAGUGUAAUGAGGUAAUUCUAUGCUGGCUAUUCUGCAUUUCAGUUCUCCUUUGUUUAAUUUGUUCUGUUUCUUAGAACCUUAGUAUGCACUAGAUAAUGGAAGUGAAGUCUAUGUUAUGUAUCGUGUUUUCAGCAGUGUAUUUUCUUCUGGAAUUCCCUUCACCUUUUUGGCAUUAAUUUUUUCACUCGAUUAAUGAAUCUAAUUUAUUGUGGAAGUGAAGUCUAUGUUAUGUAUCGUGUUUUC